AUGCAGCAGGCCGCCGCUAAGAACGCCUUAUUCGACGGGCCUGCAAGCCACUAUAUCCGACCCCCUUACGCCGGACUGUCGAACCUAUCAUCGGCCUCGCACCGACGCUCCGCAUUCCAACCAAGAGAUCAUCUUGAAAGUCUGAUCACGAAACACGGCUACCCCACACCUGUGUCACUCUCCUCUCUGCGAGAUCUGACAGCCACUUCGUCUACUUAUACUCCCCCUUCGCCUCGGCCCAGUUACCCGGAUCCCAGUCCGAUCGACACUUUUGACUCAUUUACUUUAUCAUCCACACGACCCAUUCCUAUCCCAAGACGCCCCGGUCCAAUAUACGAGGAUCUUCCAGUGACACCACUCACGGGUCGAUUCGAUCACGAGUCUUAUUUUGACGAUUGGGAACGUGCGUCUCAGUCCGCCAAGUCCCGACAAAUACCUCCAAUCCGGCCUGUCCGUCGGUAUCCAUCGCGGCCGCUGCCAUCUUCAGCAAUGAUGCGUGCUGAUAACUCACCUUACUACUCUCCUGCUGCCUCACCUAUCAUGUCUCCACGACGCUCAAACUCCCCCCAGCCAACUCGCUGUCGGGCCCAGAACCCUUCCAAAGUGAAGCAAACCCAGAACUUCCAUCUCGGCAGCCUGCCCCGAUUCCAUCCCGCUGUAUAUCAGUCGAGCAGCACUUCUCACAACGCUACCUCGCAGCCGCCAUCUCCUCACCAGUCUCGGCAGUCCACCUACCGCACUGCAGCCGGGUCACGCGACAUGAUGUGGCAGUACCGUGAAUUCAUCGAGGGCGUCCACCAAGGUCCUUCAGCGCCCCGUUUGGAUCCUCUGGUUAGCCCGGGUCCCGUUACGCCCCUGGCGCUAGAGGCGGGUGAUUAUCUCGCCCAUGGCUCCAUGAACAACACAUCCGAGCGGAUCCCGCGAGAUGUCCCGAAGAACUCCGGCCCUCCGGCUGAGCUGGUGGAGAAGCUCAUUGCCUAUGAGGAGAUGGCCCGGCAGAUGGCGCGGAAGUCCGCCAAGGGCCGAUAG